UCGUUUCUGCAAACCGAUCGCCAGGAUCUCUAUGAGCAGCAGUUGGAUUUGUUCGCUCAGGCCUCAAAUUACCUGCGCAAUAGAAUGCCCGGCGAGUUUGUCUGUAACAUGCGUUUUAAUCAGCUUGCGCAACUGGAGGCCUUUUGGCGAGACUAUCAGUCGGGUGCAUUAAAGCAGGUAAGCUGGGAGUGUUCCUCAUAA